UAACAAGGACGUUGUCAGCAGUGGAUAGUUGAGCCGAGAUGGGGAAAAUGCAAGUUUUGGGUGUCGUUGCGGUAAUGUUAGCCGUGUACUGCGUUCAUGCAAACGUUUACUUUCGGGAGGAGUUUUCAGACGGUGAUGAAUGGAGAAGUCGCUGGUUGAAUUCCAAACACAAAUCUGACUAUGGAGAGUGGAAACUAACAGCUGGCAACUUCUAUGGAGACGCUGAGAAAGACAAAGGUCUGCAAACAAGCCAGGAUGCUCGUUUCUAUGCUACCUCUGCCCGUUUUGAGCCCUUUAGCAGUGAGGGCAAGCCUUUGGUCAUUCAGUUUACAGUAAAGCAUGAGCAAAAGAUUGACUGUGGUGGUGGCUAUGUGAAGGUCUUCCCUGCAGACUUGGAUCAGGCUGCCUUGAAUGGAGAGUCCUCAUACUACAUCAUGUUUGGCCCUGAUAUCUGUGGCUACAGCACGAAGAAAGUCCAUGUAAUCUUCAAUUACAAGGGCAAGAAUCAUCUCAUCAAGAAAGAGAUUAAGUGCAAGGAUGAUGAGUUCACCCACAUGUACACGCUGAUCCUGAAUCCAGAUCAGACCUAUGAGGUGAAGAUUGAUAAUGAGAAGGUUGAAUCUGGCAGUCUGGAAGAAGACUGGGACUUCCUUCCUUCAAAGACCAUAAAGGACCCCACAGCUAGUAAGCCAGAGGACUGGGAUGAUCGUGCCAAGAUUGACGAUGCCGAUGACACCAAGCCUGAGAACUGGGAUACACCUGAAAACAUUCCAGACCCUGACGCUAAAAAGCCUGAAGACUGGGAUGAGGAUAUGGAUGGAGAGUGGGAGCCACCCAUGAUCCCUAACCCAGAGUACAAGGGGGAAUGGAAACCCAAACAGAUUGAUAAUCCCAACAACAAAGGGCAAUGGGUGCAUCCUGAGAUUGAGAAUCCUGAAUACAGUCUUGAUUCAAACAUCUACAAGUUUGACAGCAUUGCUGUUUUAGGUCUUGAUCUUUGGCAGGUGAAAUCUGGUACCAUCUUUGACAACUUCCUUAUCACGGACGAUGUGAAGGAAGCAGAAGAUAUUACAAUGGAGACAUGGGGUGUGACCAAGGAACAAGAGAGGAAAAUGAAACAGGAGCAAGAUGAUGUGAAACGAAAGGAAGAGGAGGAGAAGAACAAAGAACAAGACACCGAAGUUGUUGAUGAUGACGAUAAUGAUGAGGAUGAUGAGGAUGAGGAAGACAAUGAUGAGGAAGAAACAAAGGAUGACAUGGAGGAGGCACUUUCAGAAAUGGAUGCCGAGGAAGCAAAGCUUAAAGAUGAGCUUUGAGGAGGUGUGGCCAGAGAUUUUGUCCGUCCCUCCUUUAGAAACUCUGUCCUGUAUUUCCCGGGGAUAUUGUGGCUGCUGUGCAUCCUUUUCCUGAGUUGAGAUUUGGACACAAACCAAUUUUGAAGGGGGGAGGGGACAAGUGGAUUUUAAUAGACAUAGUCUUUUUUGUUUGGUCCUGAUAUAUUGCCCCUGAACUGCUAGAUUGAUUCUGAGGUUUUCCACCUCUAAAGUCCAUUUGUCUUUUGGUGAGAAAACUGAAAUCCACUAUUUUCUUGGUCUACUUUAAAUGCAGAGUCCCUUACACAGGUUGCAGAGUUAGUCAGAAGCUGUGAUUGAAAAUUCACAUUUGUAUGCUUGCAGGGAAUAAUAAUUAGCCAUUCAUAUUUGAACUUCCUUGUCUCAAGGUGAGAAAAUUAAUCUUGCAACUUGGAAAAACAAUAAACGCACAUUCACAUUUGGAAAAAACUAUGCAAAAUUUCACCACAGACAGAAAUCGAGAUUGUCGGUGUAACUUAUUUUGGCUGUCUUAAAGCAAUGACUCUUCCACAAUUUGAAGGCAUAAUUGAAUGAAGUGUUUAGAUAAGAAUUAAUCUUCAUCUAAAUACACAAAUUGUUUUUCUACAUGUAAAUGGCAUGAAUGUCUUUAUGGUAAUGUGAUGGAUCCUGCAUUAUUUCUGGAGAAACAGAUGAUGAGCCCCUGGUGUAAUGACUUUUCUAAGGGUCACACACUUAUUUUUAUUCGACAAUGUUAUUGAUACCAAAGUUUUUAUUAAAAGAUUAUAACCUUA